GCCUCUCGCUUUCUCGGUGUUUGAAGCAGCAAAGAGCGUAGGCGUCUUUGGUGAAGGACGCGACUGCUUGCUCGUACGCAAGAGGAGAGAAGUCUGGACAGCGGACGCUAGCUACUGUCGAUCUCAGGGACUCUGCGUUUGAACUCGAAGCAGCAGAAACUACAGGAGCUCCAGUUGUAGAGAAGAUACAAAGAAAAGCGCGCUGUUUCGGUGGAGCUCGGGAAUCCUCGACGCUGGUUGCAUGUCGAGUGGCGGCGAGCUGUAUGUACAGACACCCGAACAGGCGGAGGCGACGAAGCGGAGGGCUUAUCUGGGGUGUAUGUACACCCGAAAACAGACGAAAAAUGCACACAAGUUCUCUGCGAGAAAGGCAAGACGUGGAUCCUCCUCAGUCUCUUCCGAGCGUCGCCUCGAAGACGAAGAGUCGCGGCUCUGAGGGGUCAGUCCGCACUGCAGCGUUCGUGAGACGCGAAGGAAGGCGAAGGAGGCAGCUGCCUCUGGGCUGGCUUUUUUCAGUAUGGCUUCUGAGCUUUACUGGGAUUUUCCGGACAGACACGCGAUCACUUCACGGCUGGUUGCCACCCACUUGGCCUUUGACCACAAGCGAAACAGGAAACGAAAAAGAGCGCGAAACGUCAAAAGAGGACUUGGCGCUUUCACACUGAGGGUCGCCCCUUCACGAGCCACAGACAAGAGAAUCCAUCCGAGAACCGGGUGCACAUCCACCUCGGAAGAGGGAUUGCAGAUAGAGGAAACGCAGGUCCUGCGAGUCGCGAUAAGCGAUCGGCUCCUGCUUCUUCAGUCUUAAAAAGAGAGCGUCGACUCCCACAGAGACACAACAGACAACGCACGAGAAGACACCAAGCCUGCUUUUUCCACCCCUCUGUUUGUACAGUAGACUUGGCAAACACUGUCAAGGUUGAGGACUAGAGAGCGGGAGAUGCAGGUCCAGCUCACCUCGGACUUUUUGAACGAGGAUCGAAUCAAACAAGUGACAUGUCUAGUGAGGUUGAGGGAGGACAAUCGAGUGACUCCGUCGCGAGGCGCUCUGAAUUUCUCGAAACUACCUCCCCGCGCGAAGAAGAGAGACGGACAGACAGAGGAGAAGAGACGGGAGGAGCGACAGAGAGCGAGAAAUGGGAUGCGCGCAAGACAGAAAAAAAGAGAGAUGAGAAAUAAGUAUAGGGUGAAAAAAGCUGCAGAAAAAAGGGUGGGCAGACACACAACGCUGGUUUCUUAGACACUAGUGAAGUUUAUCUGGCUUCUACAAACUGCAUGAGGUCUUGGAAUCGCGAGAAAGAGUCAGAAGUGAGGAUCUCGGUCCUGCUGUCUCUGUCGCAAAGAAAUUCGUCCGGCGAGAUUUCGUGACCUCAAGACUCUUUUCUCCUUCCCUCCCCCGACUCUUUCAAUCCUUUCACUUUCAGUGAAAACCCAGACUGUUUCUUUUCGUCAUUCCAUUUCAAUGGGCCUUUCUCCCGCUCUUUCCUCUCUCCGAUGAAACGUCGAAUUCGUCCUUCUCCAGUUUCCUCCUCAUGAAUCGUCUCAUCUUCACUCCCGCUUCCUCACCUCGCUUGCCAUCUUCUUGCUUGUCUCCCUCUCUCCCCUCUCGUCUCUCUUCUUGUCUCCCUUCUCUGCCUUCUUCUCUCUGCUAUCCUCUCUCUCCUUUCUUCUCUCCAUUCUUCUGAGUCUCCUUUCUUCUCUCUGUUCUUCUCUCUCUCGGCUUUCCGCUCCUCACCAUGAAGAUUCUUCUGUUGUCUGCAUCUCUGCCUCUCUUGCAGUUUUCUCUCUCCCCUUCCUGCUCCUCUCCGUCUCCCUUCCUCUCGCAGUUCUCGCUCUCUUUUGCUUGUAUAUUAUGUUUCACUAAUUCAUGGCGACCGCUGGCCUCUCUCCAGGCGUCUUCUUGUCACCUGCGAAACGCAUCUGUUCCCGCAGAAGGUCUCGCGCCAGCGCAGGAGAGAACUCGAGAGAACAGACCGGCUCUGAAAACGUACUGAGCUUCCAAAAAAGAAACGUUCGCAGGGGAGGAAGAAGAGAGUUGUCUGGCAUUGAAGCACUCUGAAAGCGUUAUUUUUAUCGAAGGUUCUCGAAACUCUCUGCAGUUCACUUCGAGCUCAGCAAUUGUGUCUUGAGCAGAAAGCUCUCCUCGUCCGCCCCCCGCGGCGCCGCCUGUCCCCCCCAGUUCGCGGGCUCCUCGGGUGUCUGGACACCCUGCACACCGCGUUUCCC